AUGAAAGUGACAAGAAGUGACUAUGGGGCUGGUGGGGGAGCAUCGAUGUCGUUCAACUAUGAGUCCAUUCUCGUCUUCGGAUGCAGGGCAGCAAAGGACGGAUUGGUGGAGGUGUUGAAGGAGGCAACUCGGAGGGAUGCCAACGCUGCAGAUGAAGACGGCAUGACUCCGACCCUCUGGGCGGCUCACGAGGGUCGCCUCGAAGCCUUGCGACAGCUUCUCGUCCGUGGGGGUGAACCAAAUAGAUGUGACCAUUACGGGAAUACAGCAUUACAUUGUGCAGCUGCCAGAGGUCACAUGCAUUGUGUCACUUUCUUGGUCAAUUUCGGGGUGAACCUUUGGGCCAAGGACAACGACUUCCACACGCCCAAGGAUCUGGCUGCUCUCAACAACAAGGAAGAAAUCCUUCGCUAUUUGGACGCCGCAGAAGCCGAAGAGGAAAUGAAGAACCGGAAGGAGGCGAAGGCAAAGCAGGCUAAGGCCGAGAAGGAAGCCGAAAAACGGGUCAGGGACUUCGACAAGAUCCAGAAAGAGGCCGCGAAGAAGGCGGAAAAGGAGGAGAAGAAGAUGAAAAAGGAACGGGAAAAGAUGCAAGUUCAGCUGGAACAGGGAGCAGCAAGGGAGAUGCGACGAGAUUCUACCACGACUUUUUCCGACAUCGUCUCGGUCGGUUCUACCAGAUGGAAGUCCAAACCCGGACUUGGGGUCAUGCUCCAGCCCAAGAAGAUCCACGCCGACGCAUCUGCCAGCGACUUCAAAGUCGGCGCGGUGGAAGCGGACGGGAAAAGGACCAUUCGCAGCCUCACCGGACUCCGACGAGAUUCCGAGGUUCUUCUUGUUCCCACGUUUUCCAAUUCCAAUCCCGUAAAGAGAGGGAAACUGUCGGACGUGUUUCGCGCGGGGGAGAAUCCCAAGGACGACGUGGCUCUUCAGCACCCAUCCAGCAUAUUCGACAGGCCCGGUUUCGGCAGCGUCGCAUUCAUGGCGACGGUGAGUGGAUUGAGCGGCGGGAGGAUGAACUUCCCAACGAGAAGAGUCGAGGACAUCAUAGACGAAGACGAAGUGGAUGGUUCCAAUGCCCCCUGGGAUGAAGAGGAUGUCGAAUCCGAUGAGGAAACUUUUGAGACAAGCUCGAUCGAGCUAUUUCUAGAGGCAGCAGGCCUGUCGGAAUUCAUCCAUAACUUUGCCAAAGAGAAGAUCGACCUGGAGGCUCUGAUGCUGCUCGAAGAGGUCGACUUGGAGAAGUUGGGCCUCCCUUUGGGGCCUCGUAAGAAACUUCACAAAGCCAUUCGGGAUCGCCGAGAUGUCAUUGAAGAACCAGGCGAGAUCAUCGAUACCCACCUCUGAGCCCUUUAUUGCUCCGAUUCUGUGAUCCUCCCUCACCGUGGGGUUUCUGCUGCUUUACUCUUCAUGAAAUUCCAAUGGCCUCCCUAGUUGGAGACCUCCAAUACCCAAGUCAAAUAAAAGCAUUUAGGAUUGAGA